AUGAAACCCCGCGCGGACGUCGUCCGCGACGCCCGGCAGCUCGCCGUGGACGUCGUCGUCAAGCGCGUCGAGGCGCACGCCACGCGCGAGCUGUUCACGCGCCCCGCGAAGGACGCGCUCGCGCGCGCGGACGAGCUCCGCGGCGACGGCAACGACCGAUUCCGACGCCGCGCCUUCGACGACGCCGCGGGCGCGUAUCACGAGGCGCUCGCGACGCUCGCGCCCGCGUUCGCGGAUCCGACGACGUCGUACGCCGCGGAGACGGCGCGCGUCGUGCUCCUCUCGAACGCCGCGCAGUGCGCGAUCGAGACGCGCGACCUUCCCCUCGCGGUCGCGCGAUGCCUCGACGCGCUCUCCACCCCGUGCGUCGCGUCCGACGCGCGCGCCUUCAAGAAGCUCCUCCUGCGCCUCGCGCGCGCGUACGAGCUCGGCGGCGACCUCGACGCCGCGAGGGCGGUCGCGCGCGAGGCGGCGCUUCGAGGCGUCGGCGAGGAAGAGUUCGCGGAGGCGCGCGCGCGGAUCGACCCGACGGGGAUCCUUCGCGACGUGGGGAAACUCCGCGACGGCGUCGAGACGCGCAUGUUCAUCAUGCUCGCGCUUCGAAUGAGCGCGGGGGAGGAGAACCUCGCGCGCGUGCGCGCGGUGCUCGAUAACGGCGAUCUCCCGCACGUCGAUCGCAGGGACGAGAUGGGGAACAACGUCCUGUGGGGGGUCCUGAACGCGCUGACGUUCGACGUCGAGGACGACGACGACGACGACGGCGCCGCCGGCGCCGGCGCCGCCGCCGGCGAGACGAAACCGGUCGAAAGCGGCGCGGAUUCGGUCGUCCCGACGCUGUCCCUCCUCCUCGCCGCGGGCGCGGACCCGUGCCAACGGUACGAACGCGGCAAGACGCCGCUCAUGUUCGCCGCCGGGAGCGGCUCCCUCGCCGCCGUGCGAGCCAUCUUAGGUGCGUUCUAUACAAAAGUUUUUCACCCAUAG